AUGACUGAACCAAUUGAGCUCACUCUACAUAACGACUUACGUCUCGACCCUAAGCCGCACAACGGCCUUCUCACUUAUAAUCCGGUCAUCGAACUCUUUGCCGGUGCGGUUGGGUCGAGAACGCUCCAGAUAUGGCGGUCAAAUGGUCAAGCUGUUACUAAAAGUAGUCAACGUGGCGAGAGAGACACUGUCGAGGCUCUCCGCUGGAAAGCAGAUGGACAAUUUCUAGCGAUGCCAGUAUGCGAGGCGGGCAAGUCACGAAUCACCUGUAUCGGCUGGGCUCGUAACAACGCAGGGAAGCGUCAGAACCUAGCCUCGGAAUCUUCUACAGUAUCCUGGGAGGAUAUAAUAUCUCGCGAUCUUUUUCCAAGCAGUAGGAAGACCGCCGUAGACCUUCCUCGGGAACUUACGUUUCUCGAAGUCGAGAGCGCUCUGCCAAAGCUCAGCCCUUUACCCGCAUCGGGGGGUUCAGGGGAUGACUCCUUCGUAUUCACCACAAGGGCAUCGCUGGAGUUCCUAUUCCAACCCUUCGCUCCUCGUGACAGCGAUAACGUCGAUGUCAUGAUUGUUGGCACUGACGAUGGGCAAAUCCACGUUAGCAUAUAUAAUUCUUUUGUCAUUGGCACGUUUAAGUACGCUCUACCGCAGCCCCUUGGGAAGAACGUCACCCUACAGUUAUGCCAUCACGCCUCCCAUCCUGACUCGUCGACACAUAUGCUCGUGUUCAAGCCGUCUGGGGAAGUUAAGACGACAACUACUUAUCUCGUACCAAUAGACCUAACAUUCGUUCACUCUUCACCUGAGAAUUUAUCCUUACUAGCCUCAAAAACCACGACACUACAAAAGCUGCUGAGGUAUGUAAAACAAGUGCAGAUACAUAUGAUACACGAAUGGCAGUCGACCCGAGAGCUUCCAACUCGAUUUUUGAACAGCAUUAACGAGACGCUACGCGAAACUGGUAACUACGGGGAGAUGGGCAUCGGGCAGGCCUUAUAUCACACUGUGGUGACGGGCCAUACAUUCCCAGAAGUCCGGGAAUGGCUGGUCGACCAAUUGGCGGAGCGGGGUCAUAAACGGUGGGAUAAGGCUGUUUUGUCAGGCCUCCAUUCGCUUCGCAGCCUAGUGCACGAAAACUUCCUUCCGGCGCUCGAGCGCGUCGGUAUUAUCCUCAGCCGUUUAUUCGGCAUCGCGCGCUUCCACGAGUCAAAGGAGGAGCCCGGAUUCACCAGCGCGCAGAUUACCAGAGUCAUGGAUAUCGUGUCCUGCCUGAUGCUAGUAGGAAACAAGAUUCUACUCAUCGUCAUGGAGGAGCUGGAUCUGUUCCAGUCGUUUUCAAUCUGGCUCCGACACGAGAUCGACACACUGGCAGCUCCUUCGGCGGUAGAAGAGCUUUCCGAGAAAGAUGCAACAAUGGAGCACGGAAAGGUUCUUGCCUAUAUCCAACAGUAUAUGGCCGCGAGCCCCUUGAGGUACCAUCUCAGCAACGUUCCAGGUGAAAGUUCGGAUAGAAGUCGCCAGCAAGCUGAAGCUGGAAGCUCUCUAUUGGAACUCCUUAGUAAACAGCUAAAUAAACUAGACACUAAGCAGCCCGACGAAGAUGCGUUCGCCCAGGUCGAAUUCUUGUGCGGCUAUUUGGAUGGUAAGGCCAGUGCUAUCUUUGAAGGCAUCGCCGAGGCGGAAAAGCGAAGCGUGCGGUUCGGCCAGCCAACUGCUAUCGAACUGGACAGUAGCAUUGUGAAAUUCGAUGUCAUAAUGUCUGCUAUAUCUAAUACGAAUACGCCUCAGGCACCCACAUAUACAGCUCUGAUAACGGAAAGCGACGAGCGCAGCGUAUACAUAUUCCGAACAACUACGAGCGUGUUGAAUGGGAUCAGCGGCUCUGUCACGACCGAGGUCUCAUGCAUGGUCCUUGGCGAAGGGAAGGUUCUCGAUCUAAAAUUCUUAUACGACGAUAAUCUUCUCGUCUUAUGGGCGCAGAGAGGCCAACCACUACGGAUUAUCAGAAUACCACACAAAUCUAACGACUUAGGGUAUCGACCGUAUUACUCAGGAGACAAGGUAACGCCACACGUCCUCAGCAACGACCAAAUUACUAGCGCAUUUAUGAACGUGGUAGUACCCUGCGAGCCGAACUUCAUACCGGCCCAGAUGGAAGUGAGAGAAGCCAGUUCUGAGCGUGGCAAGGUACCUGUCAAGGUCUGUCUGCUUGGGAACGAUAUGCAGACAUAUAAAGUAUUUUCCUUGCCAGAGGACUUAUUCAAGCAGUUAACUACCUAA